CAACAGGUACAGCAGUCGAUCUCACCACAACCGAACCAAGUGUCGGUUGCUAGUGCACUAGCGGGACAAUCGCCGCUUGGUACGAAUCCUACCAGCAGCACCGGAUCACCAGCGGUAGGGGUAGGGCAGCCGCCGAUGUUCAGCUCGCCGGUCGUAGCACAGUCGAACGCCGUGGUCAGCAGUCCGUCCAUGAACGGAGCGCUGAACGUGAACGCCGUAAACGCAGCCAACAACAACCACACCGGACUCGGACAGACCGGCCAGUCGGCCACCGGCAACCUCAAGAUGGACAGCACGAUGGGACAGAUGACACCGAUGGCACCGUUAGCGUUGUCGCAAAGUAUGGACUCCGUUAAUACGGCCAGCAACGAAGAAGAGGUUCGCACACUCUUCGUCAGUGGGCUGCCGAUGGAUGCGAAGCCGCGCGAACUCUAUCUACUGUUCAGAGCCUACGAAGGUUACGAAGGAUCGCUGCUGAAGGUUACCAGCAAAAAUGGAAAAACGGCAUCGCCUGUUGGUUUCGUUACGUUCAACACCCGGGCCGGUGCGGAAGCUGCCAAGCAGGAUCUACAGCAAGGUGUACGCUUCGAUCCCGAUAUGCCCCAAACAAUACGCUUGGAAUUCGCCAAGAGUAACACUAAAGUCAGCAAACCAAAACCACAACCUAAUACAGCGGCCACAGCUGCACAUCCUGCAUUGAUGCACCCACUUACUGCUGGACACUUAGGUACACCGUUUUUUCCUGGCGGCCCGGAACUGUGGCAUCAUCCGCUAGCCUUCUCGGCGGCGGCCGCUGAGCUGCCGAGUGCAGCCGCACUGCAGCAUGCAACGCUCGUUCAUCCGGCACUGCAUCCGCAGGUCCCGCAACAAAUGCAAAUGCCGCACCCGUCAGCAAUACAUCCAGCAUCGAUGCAUGUGUCCGCCGGCCUGCCAGCGAACCACUUUUUGCCCAGUCCGGCACUGGCCAGUCCGGUUGGCAGCACUGCCGGCGGCAAUCAGCCACCGAACCCGCCGCUAGCCGCCAACGCUCCCUGCUCGACACUGUUCGUUGCCAAUCUCGGACAGUUUGUAUCCGAGCAUGAGCUGAAAGAAAUUUUCGCUAGUCUGCCUGGCUUCUGUCGCCUUCGUUUGCACACUAAGGGUUCAGCGCCGGUUGCGUUCGUAGAGUUUAAGGAUGUGAUCAGCGCGGCGGCAGCGAUGGCCGCCCUGCAGGGCAAGUUCCUGCUGUCAUCGGACCGGGGCGCGAUGCGCAUCGAGUUCGCCAAAUCGAAGAUGGCCGCGGACAUACCGUCGCACCAGUUCUACGCACAGAAUCACGCGCAGCAGAGAGAAGGGGGCGGGUUUGGAGCCAAGAAUGGAACAUCAUUUGGGGAAGAAGAGUGAACGGCCCGAUCUCAGCUCGUAUCUAAUGGCAACAACCUGACCGCAACACAUCCAACCCGUAGCCACCACCACCAUCAUGAACCAUAGCAAUCUUAGCGGCAACCAUCAU